AUGAGGACGCUGCCCCCCCCCCUCGGUGACGAUGCCAUCUACGUUCUCCUAGUUGCCGUUGAUGUCGGUGUUAUUCACAGCCGAAGUGGCCGUGAUGUGGUUAUCCACUUGGGAGCCCGGCAAAUCGUUGGCGAUCUGGGCUUGACUACAUGUACUAACUCACUCAAGGGCGAGGCCACCGUGAUAUCGACGAGCGACUCCAACCCGCUGGUAAUGACCCCUUUCGACAAGAUCCCGAUCGCCACCCCCGGCAAGAAUAACGUAGUCACCGCUUUUAUCAACAGGUUGCUCAACACCAAGGGCGCCUGCACCGUGUCCAAGGAGCUUGUCGGGCCUGGUUUCUUCUCUUGUGGGCAGCAUCGAUUACCAGAUAUCCAAGGACGUGGGCCACGCCAGGGUCCCGGUCGGAAUAACGGUUAA